AUGCUGUGCCUUCAUACGUCGCCCGGCAAUCCGCCGAACUUUGGUGCGGCCAACAGCGAAUUCUGGAGGAACUUCUUCCGGAGCUCACCCAGGAAUGUGUCUGAGCUGCUGGACCGAGACCAACACAACUGUGUGCCGAAGGUGGUGGCCAUUGCAGCGGCGCAUCUGCGACUGUGGAAAGAGCUGGCCGAAGGGAAGUUGCAGACGAAAGAGGUGGAGGAGCAGACGAGAGAGAAUCCAUGGUACUUGGUCAUGGAGGAGGAUGUUGAUUUGUGCCCCUACUGGCGACAGAGGAUGGAGAAAGAGCUGCCUCAAGCACCGGCAGAUGCUGAAAUCAUCAAGUUAUACUUCUUUGGGCAUUGGCGCAAGGAGGAUGAGGUGAAGGUGUCCGUGCGCAACGACUCCGAGCCGGCUACGGUGACGCCCUUCCUGGACGCGCGCGAUCCCUUGCGCGGCUUCGAUUUGUUCAAAGCCGCCAGCUACGAGUUCCUGCACGGUGCCUCCUGGUCCUCCGUGCCGGUGGCCGGCUUCUAUGCUGGAACGCAGGCAUAUUUGAUUCGGCCCUCAUCGGCACGGAAACUUUUGAAGCAGAUCCGGGGGAAGCCCUUUCAGGACAUUGACAUGACGAUGAUGCUCUCAGCCAACAACUACGUCUGGCGACGGGUCUUGGCACAGGGAAGGCCCGAGAACGUGGACCUGUUGCAGGACUGGGAGAGGGGGGGAAAGAGAUGGGAAGAGAUCAAAAAGAAAACAGUCGCACUUGAGUCGGUGUGCGCCCACAGCUCGGAAGCGGAAGGCCGUCCACACCAUCGUCUGGCCCCGUGA